CAAACAGUCUUUGACCGUCCCACCUGGUCCGUCGCAUCCCUCCUGCCAACCCAGCAGCCCUCCCCGCAAGAAGGACCCAUCACCCCUCAAACCCUGCACCACCUCCUCCGCCUCUCCUCUCUCCCGCCCCCCUCCAGCCCUCAGGAAGAGUCCUCCAUGCUCCAGACCCUGCACACCCAGCUCCACUUCGUGCGAGAUGUCCAGUCCGUCGACACCACAGGCAUCGCACCCCUCCGCUCCAUCCGGGACGAGACCUCGGCCGGGAUCUCGGAAGCCACAGUGACCCUCGACAGUCUACGCGAGGUCCUAGGCCGCGAGAAUGUGGUGGGCCAUCGUCGACGACCAAGACGCGAUCGGGAGGCCGAAAAGGUGCAGAGCGACGAGGAGAUCUUGGUCGAGGCUGCCACGAGACGGAGGCGCGAGCGGGGUUAUUACCUUGUCGACAAAGGA